GUAAGUCCUCUGUCUCCUCUCCCCAAAUUUACCAUUUUGCCAUUGCCCUUCCUCCAUUCCCUGCUCUUCUCACCACUCCCCCUCCUCUGAAGUCUCUUGCCUUCGUCCCCUGCACACAGAUCAAACCCACCCACUUCGCCUCCGCUCCGAGAUUCGCUCGAUUUCCGGUUUCUUCGGGCCCUUCAGGUUCUGUAUAACUUCAUGCACUACAGAGCUGUGAGUAUCAUUCUGUCUUGCUGAGCUCAAUGUUUUUGUGAUUGUGCUAUCGAUUUGGGUUUGUGUUUUGAUUGCGGAGUUUGUAAAAGAAUGGUGUUUUUUGUGAGUGGUUGAUUUGGUUUGGUUUUGAGUUGGGAUUUGGAGUGAAAUGAGGCGGCGGUCGCCGACGAAUUUCCCGUCGGAGCAAAUGGAGAAGGGGACGGGGAAGAAUCAGAACACCAGGAUUUGUUUCUUGGCGUCAUUGUCGAUUUUCUUCUGGAUGCUUCUGUUGUAUUUUCAUUUCAUUGUGCUUGGUAGUAGUAGUGCUGUGGAUCAAUCUGGUAAACUAGAGGUUGGUCCUAUGUCUUCGGAUUCGCAGCCUAUCCUUGUGACUGAUCCUCCUCCUCAGAUGGAGAAACCGAAACCUAAGCCGAGUGAUCCUGUCACCAGUGAUCCUCAGGUGGAGAAGCCGAAGGUAGACAAUGAACCGAAGCGUGUUCCUGUGACCAGUGAUGCUGAGGUGGGGAAGGUAGACAGUGAACCAAAACCCACCAUUGUACCUGUUACUCGUAAAAUUGGUCCCCUUGUGGAGACCACCCCGAGUCAAGAGGCUGAGAAGUAUCCGUUUAUGAGGGCGUUGAGGACGGUGGAGAAUAAGAGUGAUCCGUGUGGUGGGAGGUACAUUUAUGUUCAUGACCUCCCACCGAGGUUCAAUGAGGAUAUGCUCAAGGAGUGUAGGAGUUUGAGCCUGUGGACGAAUAUGUGUAAGUUCACAACCAAUGCCGGGCUUGGUCCUCCGCUUGAGAAUGUUGAGGGGGUGUUUGAGGAUACGAGCUGGUAUGCCACGAACCAGUUUGCUGUGGAUGUUAUUUUCACCAACCGGAUGAAGCAAUAUGAGUGCUUGACGAAUGACUCGUCUCUUGCUGCAGCUGUGUUUGUUCCUUUUUAUGCCGGGUUUGAUAUUGCACGGUACCUUUGGGGGUUCAAUAUAUCGAGGAGAGAUGCAGCUUCUUUGGAUCUGGUUGAUUGGCUUAUGAAGAGGCCAGAAUGGAGCGUUAUGGGUGGCAAAGAUCAUUUUCUUGUUGCAGGCAGGAUUACAUGGGAUUUCCGGAGGCUUACAGAAAAUGAAGAGGAUUGGGGUAAUAAGCUUCUCUUUUUGCCGGCUGCUAAAAAUAUGUCAAUGCUUGUGGUGGAAUCAAGCCCAUGGAAUGCCAAUGAUUUUGGUAUUCCAUAUCCCACAUACUUCCAUCCGGCCAAAGAUGCUGAUGUAUUAAUUUGGCAGGAUCGCAUGAGAAAGUUAGAGCGUAAAUGGCUCUUCUCGUUUGCUGGUGCCCCACGUCCUGGCAAUGCCAAGUCGAUUAGAGGGCAGAUUAUUGAUCAAUGCAAGAGCUCAAAGGUUGGUAAGCUGUUGGAGUGCGAUUUCGGUGAAAGCAAGUGUCAUUCACCAAGCAGUAUCAUGCAGAUGUUUCAGAGCUCCCUUUUCUGCCUGCAACCUCAGGGUGAUUCAUACACGCGAAGAUCUGCUUUUGAUUCGAUGUUGGCUGGUUGCAUACCUGUCUUCUUCCAUCCAGGGUCAGCAUACGCACAAUAUACUUGGCAUCUUCCAAGAGAUUACACAACAUAUUCAGUGUUCAUCCCAGAGAAUGAUAUUCGUAAGGAGAAUAUAAGCAUAGAGGAAAGGCUUAGUCAAAUUCCUCCCGAGAAGGUGAAGGCCAUGAGGGAGGAAGUUAUAAACCUUAUUCCAAGGCUAGUAUAUGCUGAUCCCCGCUCGAAGUUGGAGAUUUUCAAAGAUGCAUUUGAUGUUUCUGUACAAGCAAUAAUCAACAAGGUUACUAAGGCAAGGAGGGACAUAGUUGAAGGCCGUACAGAUGAUAACUUCAUUGAGGAGAUUAGUUGGAAGUAUGCUUUGUUGGAGGAGGGACAGCGGGAGGUCGGACCUCAUGAAUGGGAUCCUUUCUUUGCAAAGCAGAAGGAUGGCAAUGGUGAUUCUGGUGAAGCUGCUAAAAAUUCAUGGGAGAAUGAACAGCGCCAACACUCAUGAGUGGAAGAUAAAGUGCAGAGCAAGUGGAAUUCCAAUGAUUACUCAACACUCAUGAAUGGGAUCCUGCAUCGAGGUUGGGCAGGUACGUGUUCUAGCUGGUACCUUGCAAUGAUUACUCAACACAGAACUCACCUUCAAGAUCUCCAUGCCUACAUUCUUGUUUAAAACCAAAACACACACAUAUUUACUGUUUCUAGUGCAAAUUUUCCUAUAGGAUAUAUCUCUUAUGUAUUUGGCCAGUAAUUCUUUCUGAUGUAUUUAGCUAGAGUUUUUCAUGUUAUCAAUCUACAGGAAAUAAUAAAGUGAUUAUCAAGCCUUUA